ACUACAUAGAGGAGGGGCGGGUGAACAUGGAAAGAAAGCCUACUUCGAAUUGAAAGCUGGAGGCGGGUUGAGUUUAAACACCAAUUAAAUUACACAGACCGAGAAGGUCUGGAGAAGAUUCACAGCAUUAUCGAUCAACGUUCCCACGUUUACAAAAUUGAAAAAGAGCCUUUAGUUUGUCCUGACAGUGUUCGCUCGUAUAUGGUAGGUAGUCUGUUUAGAAAGGAGAGAUGAGUCUUGGAUCCUGAUUGGAGUUGGCAAGCGCGCUCCACUACUGUAUCCAGUCUUUCAACUCCUCUCUCCCCGAAACCAGGAAAUCAUCGAGGUGUGCUUAUCUUUAUCCUGCUUGUGGAUCGUAGGCUAUCCCUUUACGUGUAUAUAGAUGUGUAUCUUGCCGAUAUCGUCGUUUUUAUUUUAUUUUUUUGUUUUUGAACCCCGGGCUUAGAUCUGAGGCCGAAAAAACUGCAUCGGAUAGGAUCUCCACUCUCUAACAAUGAGUGAGUCCAGCAUCUGCCAGGCUCGGGCCACGGUGAUGAUCUAUGAUGAUGGGAAUAAGAAGUGGCUCCCGGCAGGAACUGGGACUCAGAACUUCAGCAGGGUCCAGAUCUACCACAACCCCUCUACUAACGCCUUCAGAGUGGUGGGACGCAAGAUGCAGACAGAUCAACAGGUGGUGAUUAACUGUCCGAUUGUGAAAGGCCUGAAGUACAAUGAGGCCACGCCCAACUUCCACCAGUGGCGGGAUGCACGGCAGGUGUGGGGGCUCAACUUCGGCAGUAAGGAGGAUGCUGCCCUCUUCGCCAACGGAAUCGCCCACGCACUGGAAGUGCUCAGUUCCCUGUCAGACGCAGGUUACGCUACCCUCCCGCGCCCAGUGUCAAAUGGACCCUCCCCAGAGGAACUGGAACAGCAGAGGAGGCUGGAGCAGCAGAGGCUGGAGCAGCAGAGGCUGGAGCAGCAGAGGCUGGAGCAGCAGAGGCUGGAGCAGCAGAGGCUGGAGCAGCAGAGGCUGGAGCAGCAGAGGCUGGAGCAGCAGGAGACAGAGCGUCAGGAGAGAGAGAGGCAGGAGAGAGAGAGACAAGCUGCAGCAGUGCCCGCUGCAUCGUUGGCUCCCCCAGCACCUCCGGGCCCUCCUCCACCCCCCGGCCCCCCUCCAUCUGGGCCCCCUCCACCCCCGGGACCUCCUCCCCCAGGACCCCUGGCCACAGGAUCAGGACCCCCGCCCGCCCCACCACUGCCCUCCCCGGGAGGAGAUGGGGGUCUAGGGGGUGGUGCAGGGGGCCUGGCGGCAGCCUUAGCCGGGGCCAAGCUCCGCAGAGUGGCCAAGGAGGAUAGUGGUGCUGCUGCAGCACCGGCUGCCAAGCCUGAUCAAAGUCGCACCAGUGCCUCCAUCGGUGGUGGUGGUGGUGGAGGAGGCUUGAUGGGUGAGAUGGCAUCCAUCUUGGCACGGAGGAAAAAAAUGGCAGACGGUGGGGCUAAGCCACCUGCUAAAAUGGCAGAUAAUGAAUACUCAGAGUCCCAAGGCCAAAGUGACACUCUUGGACGAAGACCGUGGGAGAAAUCAGCCACUAUGCCAAGGAAUCACUCCAUCUCCAAGAGCAUGGACUCCACCUCUCCCUUGUCCCAAGGUCCCAGGGUGAAGCAAGCAGGUGUUAAUAAUGAUGCUGGAGGUGGUGAAGAGACCGAUAUUGAGAGGAUUAAACAGGAGAUUCUUGAUGAGAUGCGGAAGGAGUUACAAAAAGUCAAGGAGGAGAUAAUCGAAGCCUUUAUUGAGGAGCUACAGAAGAGGGGCUCCACAUAGUUCUGCUAGUGUGGCGGGAGGAACGGAGGGAUAGAAUGGAUAGAGGAGGUUAUGGCCCUGUGUGGACCUCUCCCCCAUCACCCCCUCCAGUGUACCCCAGGGAUGUUUCUUCCUCACAUACCUACAUAAAUGCAUUUUAAUUGUACCUUAACCCAGGGAACCGAUUUUUAACAACCACAUCCAAACAAAGGACUAGAUCACCUGCUGCGUUGAUACCAGCUCUCCUCGCUCAUCCCUCCUUGUCUCAACUUUUCCUUCAUUUCAUGACAACCACUGCAGAGCACAUAAUCACGGCUGUUGUUGCUCUUACUCCUUGUCAUGUACAGUUGUAUUUCCCCCCCCCCACAUGUAUCUGUCCCAUAGAAAUCGUGCUCCUAUUAACUCCCUUCGUCAGACAGACCAUUGUAUUUACUGGGCUAUUCAGUAAUCAGGGAAGAUCAUAUCAUUCAUUCUUGUUACUGUAAUGGCAGAGUGGAUGGUUGGCACAACCUGGCACAACUUCAACCUCAUACGGCCUUCAAAUAAAAACUUUUAGAUAGGCCUAGCUUUCAAGGGUUAUGUUGUCUUGGCCUAUUUUGAGAAUGUGGGAGGACCCUACCAGAUUGUUCAUGGACCCUGUGGUUGAUGGCUUUCAUCCACAGCACACACUGCUCCCUGCAGGCCUGGUGCACAAUGGCGAGAGCUUAUACUGCCUUGAAGCAAAGUCUACCGCUCCCAAGUGGACUGUUCUGUCAAUGGCCAAAAUAGAGAGACUACGCAAACUUCAAUUCUACAGACUUGGAGAAGUCAGAGGAGACGCAAAGGGAAUGUGAUGGACGACUGCCCGGAGUGCUGUGAGAGAGGAGACUGCUGUGGUUCUGUGCUAUGGAGGGAAUCCUUGUUCUUUCUGCAAUGUACUUGGCCUAGAGAAAGUGAAUUUUGUGUGCCACUCUCUGUGCCACACACUCAUCUUUACCUUCUGCUCAAAACAAGACACUAAUUAUUGGCCAAUGCAGUUGUCCUAAACUGUACUGUUUUCAUUUUUAGGUAUGUUUUCUAACUACAUUGAAAUAUUUUUUUAAAAUCCUUAACUAUGUCAAUUGGCCAUGACCAACUGCCUUGGAGAAUAGAUAUUUGUUUUGAGGGAAAAUAUUAGCAAACCUGAAUUGCUGUUUCUAUUUUAAUUUGAGGUGAAUGGGAAUUGUUUUGAUUGUUUUCUUUUUAAGAUAAUAUUUUGGGUUACUGUUUUUUUCCUAAUAGAGUUUAAGCUUUUUACACUGAAAUACAAAUAAAACAUUGUAGAGACACUGGAUUAGAGAUGCCUUUUAUAGUCAAAUACACUUCUUGUAACGCGA